AUGACAUUCCCUGCAAGCUUUAAUUUCCCCAAAAAGCCCGAAAACACAAUUACAUUUGCUUCUUAUAACGUCGCUAGCUUGCCUGCUAGUAUUAAAAAGGGUUUCAACAAAUACGUAGACGCCGAGGAUGCAGAUAUAUUAUGCGUACAAGAGACAAAGGUGAAUAAGCCUUUGGACACGGCAGUCAGCAAGGAGAUGUAUCCAUAUCAAUAUUGGACAUUUAGCUCAAAGAAAGGUUAUGCGGGUAUCGCUGUCUUUUCCAAGUUCAAGCCAAAGGAAGUGACCUAUGGUAUACCCAAGUUUGACGGAGACCAAGAAGGCCGUGUGAUUACCUUGGAAUUUGACAAUAACAUUGUUCUUAUCGCAAGCUAUGUACCUAAUGCAGGAGAUAAGCUAGUACGGUUACCAGAACGCCGCAUUUUCAAUGAUCAUAUGGAAAAGUACAUUCGAUCAUUUCAAAAAGAAGGUAAAUCUGUUAUCUGGACAGGCGAUCUGAAUGUGGCUCAUACACCAGACGACUUGGCUCGACCUGCAACCAACGAAAGAUCGGCUGGUUUCACUAUUGAAGAAAGAACGGAUUUUAGCAAGGUGCUUAAUCCAUCAGAUGACGGUUUGCCUGGUCUGGUCGAUACCUGGAGACACUUUCAUCCCGAGCAAAAGGGACAUUAUACUUACUACAGCUAUCGUUUCAAGUGUCGUGAAAAGUUAAUAGGCUGGAGAUUGGACUAUUUUACGGUGACUCCUGAUUUACUGGACAAAAUUGUCUCUAGCGAAAUCAGACAUGAGGCAUGGGGAGCAAGUGAUCACGUGCCUAUUAUUCUUACACUUAAGGAUGUCAUAUUAUAA